AUGAGUGUUCCAAACAAAUGCGAUGGAGCUUUAGCCGAUCUACUUUUAUCAAAAUUCGAUACUGAAAUGGAAAUGACCAAAAAUGUUAUUUCCCAUCAAUUAGAUGGAAGAAAUUUUCGUUAUUAUACUAUUACUUACGGAAAUGAAAUUGCCAAUAUACAACUUCAACAAAUGCGUCACAAAUAUCAUCUUUUACAACGACAAUAUAUAUUAAAAUCCUUAGAAUUAAAUACAAAAAUGGAACCUUCAAAGAAAAAAGAAAUCAUUCAAACACUUGAUUGUCUGAAUGGCUUAAUUUAUUAUGACUAUCAAAUGGCCAAAAAAGCUGUUAACAAUCUCAAAAUUAUCACAGAAAAUAACUUAUAA